CCCCAAUAAAAAAAAAAUGAACAAUGACUUAAUUUUUUUUAUGAAAGUUGUUUUUUUAUCUAGUUUUCUAUCUGGUUUAAUAUCUGCUGUUCAACUGGUUUGACUGAGCAUGUCCUUUCGAUAUACAGUCUCGCAUAGGCAUAGUUUUUUUCGUUUGUUUUGUGCUAAUAAAUUCGUGAAGAUUAAUUUUACUAAAAUUUGACACCAUGCUUACGCCACUGGCAUUUUGAUCUCAUUUUUAUUGGGUAUUCCUGGUGUAGGUAGUGAAUAAAAAAAUAUUUCAAUUAACGAUUACCCAAAUGGCUAAGUACGGUGAUGAUAGUUACGAUUCGCAAGUGUUAGAAGAUUCGGUGUUACAAUGUAAACAGACUUUUGAAAAUAUCUUAUGUGUUCAGACUACAGCCUUAUUGAAAAAAUCAACACUCGAAAAAAUUUAUGUAGUACUGCAGGAAUUUAUGUGUAAAAUCAAUGACAGCGAAACUAACAUUCAAGAAGUGAUUCAAUCCAAGAACGACUUAACUAAAACGUAUGCAAGUAUAUUUAUUAUGAUCUAUCAUGUAAUUUGUUUGUCCUUGUUAUUUUUUAGAAACUUCAAAGAAGCAGAAUUUAAUAAGAGAAAAACAAAUUGUAAGGCGUUUGAUAACUUUAAAGCGUUAUGUAGUGAAAAUAAAUCACCUUCCGUAAAAAGACAAAAUGUCUACAAAUGUGCAGACUGCAAGUACCAAACACCUAGAAAAUCUGAUUUGAAAAAACAUCUAAAACGUCACAUGGGAGUAUGCGACUAUUUCUGUAGUUAUUGUGAGCGAAAAUUUUUUGAUAAAUACAACUUAGAGCGGCAUGUAAAUGCUAGUCACACUAAAAAACAACAAUAUUCGUGUACAUUGUGCACUUACACAACAUUUUUGUAUGAUUCAUUGAAACGUCACAAAAAAUUGAAACACUGUGAUCACACAGGAGCAAAAUUUGUCUGCUCUGUUUGUUAUCAUGUGAGUGCUUCAAGACAUGAUAUGAAUGUACAUUCAUACACUCACGACAAAGUUAAAUCAUACAUGUGUGAAGAAUGUGGUUCAAUGUUUGCUAUUAAGAGCCGGUUGGUAACACAUCAAAAUACUGUACACAAUGAACCUGUACACCCAUGUCAAAUUUGUGACAAAUCAUUUAAAACACUGACUCUGCUCAAGAGACAUACAGUCAUACACUCUCGUUACAAGCCUUAUUGUUGUCCAUUUUGCAACCAUUCAUCCAAUAGCCAGAGCAACUUGACCAAACAUGUACGGAAAAUUCACUCCCAGAGCAAUUUUUCUUACCAUAAAUUUAUUAAUGGAAAAUAACACAAAAUUAUGAUUUUUGUAAAAUCCAGUCAUUACCUUGUCCACGACAGACCUGAGUUAAUUGUUAGUAAUCUACCAAUUCAAAACACCAAGAUAGAUCAUUUUCUAUGUAUUUGUUAAUGUUUUUAUGACACAAUGUUGUUCUUUUUCUUUUCAUUGCCCUUAUUAAUUAUUAUAUUAUGUUUGACGCAACAUAGGUACAAAAUAAAUAUAAAUAUAAUUUUUAUAUUCUAA